AGACGCUAGUUACGUCGGCAUGAGAAGAAGAAAUAAAGACAGCUUCACAGAGUGGCUUUGUUAAAACAGGUUAAUAAAAGACAUACUCCAGCACCCUCUGUUAUUCUCCAUAGACAGCACGAUGCCACGACGCUGCUGUUUUGUUUUAUUUUUUGAAGAGAAGAAGCUGGCUACUUAGCUUAGCCACAGUCUGACAACCAACGUCAUUAGCCUGUAGCUAACUGGUUACUUUGAGUAAGAGAAAGCAACCAUGACACAGAAAGGCAAUCUGUCUUCAGUCUCCCUCGGAGUGGAGGGCAUGACAUGUGGCUCCUGUGUCCAGUCCAUAGAGCAGCGAAUUGGGACGCUCCCCGGGGUCAUACAUAUAAAGGUGUCUUUAGAGCAGAAGAAUGCCACUGUAUUAUUUGACCAGAGCCACCAGAGCCCAGAGUCUCUGUCGGAGGCCAUCGAGGACAUGGGCUUUGAAUCGAGUCUAUCAGCGUCCAGCGCAGCCACCCCCGUCUCCACGGACACCCAGCUGAUCCCCACCUCAGGCCUGACACCUGCAGCCCAGCAGGAGGCUCUGGAGAAGCUGUCCCAGAUACAGGGAGUGUUGGACGUCAGAGAGAGCCCCUCCCCGAAGGGUCUCACUGUUACCUUUGUUCCUUCCCUGACUUCUUCUUCGCAGCUAAGUGAGGCGGUGGAGGUCCCAGCAUCCAGCAGCCCAAUGCAAAUAACCCCAAACAUGUCUCCAUCGCACACUGCGGACGACGGGGCGGCGCUCCUCAAACUGAGCAUUGAAGGAAUGACCUGUCACUCCUGCACUACUACCAUUGAAGGAAAGAUUGGAAAACUAAAUGGGAUUGAGAAGAUCAAAGGUGAUGUACUUUACAAGCUUGAAGUCAUACUGCUUCAGUGUCUGAUGUAAAAGUGAUGUUGUAAAACAGUUGCGGCGCAGGAAUGCACUUCUUAAAGAUAACAAUUGUCACGUCAUGUGAGGACCUUUGCAUGGAAACAAUUGACAGGUUUCUCUGUGGGAUUUGAC